AUGGUGCUAGCAUCGACUGUCAGACCAAACGCCCCCAAAGUUUCCUCCGCCUUCCAUGAGGUUUCCCCCAUGAUCGUCUGCUACCUCCUCCUCCCUCUCUUCUCCCUUUUCUUAACGACUGCUUAUGCCCAACAACGACGCAAUAUUACCGUCGACGAUACAAGCCCACUCAUAACCUAUACGCCGGACGCAAGCUGGACUGUUAUCACGGGCGAUUUGGAUGCGGGAGGAUCGCACAGGCUGACGCUGAGCAGCAGCGCAUUCGCGACUGUUAAUUACACGUUCGCGUCAUUCUAUUUCAUGUCCGUCAAAUGGCCCUAUCGGGUCAUCACGCAGCUCACGAUCGAUGACCAACAAACAAUGAUCGUCGACUUGCAAGAUCACACCGUGCCUGACGUUGGAAGCGGAGGUGGAACUGUACAAUCCAGUGUCGUUGCUCAAUACCAAGGAACUACGAACAUGGAGCAUACCAUCCGAGUUUCUAUUCCUCCGGGAGACUUGUAUGCCGUGGUCGACAUGUUUAUCUUCGAGAUUACUGACCCAGAUCCGACAUCAUCCACCUCCGUGUCACCAAGCUCUUCCUCAACACCAGACUCUACGUCAACGAGUGCGACAGACAUUCCUCCUCCAUCAAAUUCCGCUGGUGCAAGCGGGGGAAGUGAAUCGUUGGGUUCGAGGCGUACUCUUGCGAUUGCGCUCGGCGUGGCCGGCCCAAUCGUCGCCCUGUUCCUGCUCUUCCUACUUUGGUGGUUCUGCUUCCGCCGAAAGAAGCAUGCAGCCGACUACCCCAUUUCAAAACCCGUGCUCGAUCUUAACAGCCCCAGCGACCUACCUUCCGAUCCUACAAGUCCGUCAUGCGCCGAAUCAGGAGGAUAUAGUGGAACCAGCGGCACGGUCUCUGCCUAUGGCCCUUUCGUCCCUUAUAUUCCUCCUACCCCUUCGGCACCGACAUCUGAACGGGCGGCCUUGCGACCUUCCAACGCGUACCAGUCAGGAGAGUCUAGUGGCCCCCGAAGCAACGAUGGGUACGACCCUUACGACCCAGAACAUCAAGCACUGUCGAGGACCAGUACUGCAGGAGCGACCGCCUACACUUCCAACGCCUCGUCGUACAGUGAAGGUCUCGCCACCUUAUCCGCAGCGACCGUUGGUCCCCUCCGAGUACGAAAUAAAUCCGGCCCAUCCAGACCUCAGACCGCACAAAGCUCGCUGCAAGCUCCAAUUGAGGAGCCGCCUGGAUACAGUCCAGGAGAAUACCAUUUCUCGCUUUCUACGCUCAUGCGCGAUUCCAAGGGAGAUUCCUCCGAACCGUCGACGAGUCGAUCGCAACCGAGUUUUCGUGCGUACCCAGCCGACUCCGCGUCGUUGGCGCUUGCAUCGUCUGCUGGCCAGCUUGGUCAAGGUGGAAGGUUGAAUAGACCGGGGCCUUCUGGGCCAAGAGCAGCGACCGCUGGCCGGCGCCCUCUUCCUGCUUCCUCGCGGAGCGAGGAUGCUUGGGGUGUUGGAGAGCCGCAAUCCCUGAAAUUCGCACCGAUUCAGUAG